ACUACAUGACGUCAUGCUCCCUAUUUGCAUAUCUUGAUUUGGAGGCUCGAACAACAGCUAGAUAUCGAACAGGAAGACCGACUUAGGAGGCAUAUUCGUGUUUAAAGGAGCUACAUUCCUAAAAAUGGGGCCUAAAAUUGGUCCAGUGGUGCUACUUGUUGCCGUUUGGGCGUUCACUGUUUGCCAGGCUUACGUUGAGGCCCUUGUGAACAUCAAUGUGGUUGACAAGCAGAGUGGAAAACAUGAGCCUAUGGUGGCAUUUCUGUGUAACAAAGCGGCCAUGUACAAGACAAAGAAGGGAUGGGUCGCUGACAGGGAUACCGACUGCCUCAAGGACGGCAGCCAAAUUGUGGAAUUUUGUAAAAAGGUAUACCCUAAACUGGACAUCACCAACGUAGUGGAGGCCAGCGACGAGGUGACCAUUGACGGCUGGUGUAAGAAGGGACAUAAGACAUGCAAGCACCACAGCUCACACAAAGUGCGGCCAUUCAAGUGUCUGGUCGGCAAGUUCGUGAGCGACGCCCUGCUUGUUCCCGAGCACUGCGUGUUUCAGCACAUUCGCGUGAAGGAAAAGUGUCUGACCUUCAACGACUGGACCUAUGAGGCCAACAGCUGGUGCGAGGAGAAGGGCAUGCAGCGCCAGAGUUCCGCCAUGUUGUUGCCGUGUGGCAUCGAUGUGUUUACUGGAGUGGAGUUCGUGUGCUGUCCUAAAGAUAAUAAAGAGGUGGUAACACACAAGGCAGCAGUGCCCGCAGAGAAAGAGAUCCCAAUCACCGCCGAGCCAACAAAACCUCCUCAGAAGGAAAAGGUCAAGGACAAAAAACCCAAGGACGACUACUUAGCCAAGUACCUCCACCAGGGACGUCUGGGCGAGUACUUUGAUGAGCAUGAACAUUUCAAACUGGCGCAGAAGAAGAUGAGGACUGUCCAUCAAGACAAGAUCACCGUGUUGAUGAAAGAGUGGAAUGCAGCACGGGCGCGUGUUGUGGAACUUAGCGCCAAGGAUCCCAAGGGAGCCGAGAAGAUGAAGAAGGAAAUAACAGAGCGUUUUGAAAAGACAUACCAGGCCCUUGAAAAUGAGAACUUGGGAGAGAAACGCGAGCUAGAGGCUGUCCAUGAGCAACAUGUGCAGACAAACUUCAACACCAAGAAGCGCAUGACAAUUGACAAAUACCUGAAGGCCCUGCAGAGAGACAUCCCAGAUUUUUGUAAAUGUGUAGAAAAAAUCAUGAUGUUGACCUUCACCAUUUUGUAUAAAUUUCUUAUUUCAUUAUUAGUUGUCAUGUAUUAUANGCACCUGAGUCAGACGAACCUCCGUAUUAACCAGAGCAUUGCCAUGCUGGAUCGUGUGCCUGCCCUCGCCAGCAAGAUUACGGCCAGAAUUGCUGACUUUAUGAAAACCUAUGCCAGAAUGGACAAUGCUUUGGACAAGAUAAUGAAGGAGCCAGUCCCAGCCAAGGUGGACCUGGUGGAAAAAUACAAGGAGAAGUUUGCCAAAGACCAUCCUGUGCAGACAGACCAGCCUAAACUGACUGUGAAGACUGAGGUGGAAGAGCCAGCCCAGAAAAAGACAGCCAAGAAAACGAAGCCAGUGCACAUUGAGGAGCACGUGGUGAAGUUUGACGACGAGGUGAUGGAGAAUGAGCACGCAUACGGGAAGCAGAGCGCCCAGGUCAUAGGACUGAUGCAGGCUAACAAGGGGGUCGCUGCUGAAGUGAAUCAGCCAGUUGUUAGCAAAAUGAAAAGCACCAGCACAUUCUCCUCUGUCGGUAUCGCCAUGGGCUGCAUCGCCGUCUUGGUCAUCAUUUUGGUCGCCAUUGCAGUAGGAAAGAAGAGAGCACAGCGCACCCCAGUGAAUCACGGCUUCGUAGAAAUUGAUCAGCAGACGCCAGAAGAGAGACAUGUUGCUGCCAUGCAGAUGAACGGCUAUGAGAACCCCACUUACAGAUAUUUCGAACAGCCACAAAAUUGCUAAAUUUCUGGACUUAGAUUAGGUUUUUAUUUACCAAACUUCAUGUAUUAGUGAAAAUUGUGCUUGCAAUUUAAUGGGAUUUUUUGUACUUUUUUCAUUGGAGUAAAAGUUGAUUGUAACAUGACAAAUUGCAUUUAAGAUAACCACAGUGAAAGAAGAGCAUUCACUUGAAUUGAAAGCACAAUUUGAAACGAACAGACCUCACUUCAUUUUGGUACUAAGCCUUUAAGCCACCUACGAUCAAGCUCUCAGCAACAUCUUUAGAAAUAAGUGAAGAAUUAAUGUCAGUAAAGCAUUACAGUUUACAGACAGUUUUUAUUUUCUAUCUAUGUCACUGGGCCUGAUGUAGUGAUAUGAUUAUACGAAGGGUCAAUUUAAAAGUGACUAGAAUUAUGAUUAAUUUUUUAUCAAAAAUGUGGCAUUAAGGGAGUUGUUAAAUGAGAAAAGAAAUAGAGAAGUUGAAGGAAAAAAAAAAAGAUCAUUCCAAAAUGACAUGGUUUAACUUAUGCCAUAGAGAGGAAGCGACAGACAGUGGGUUAUGCUGAUGGCAACUAAAGCAGAGAUUUGUGAAAAGAUAUUGAAUGAACCUGGGAGUUGCUUUAAUAUUAUCAAAACUAUAUCAGGAGGAUAAUUUGAGCACUAGCAUCGCAGUAUUUCCCAGGUUAACAUGGGCUCCAGGGUGUAGCAGCAACCUUGGCUGUUUAACUGUACAUAUAUAUAUUUAAUGGUAUCUGUGCACACCACUUAUAAGUAAACUGUAUAUGUUAUCUCCCAGUAGAUAUCAUCGGACCAAUCCUAACAUGUAAGUGUAGUAACCUGUUAAUCUGCAAGCUUCAUAUGACAGCCAUUAUACAUUAGCCCGUUGCACAAGCUUACUUGGCAUCUAUGCAUUAGUCCUAACACCAGUGUAUAUAUUUCUAUAGAUCGUGCAUUUGUGGCCACAUUGCCCUGUCGCUGCAAUGACAUACUGACCCAGUUUGGCGGUCAUGACCUUGUGACCCAGUUUGAAAGUCAUAACCCUGACAGGUCAUGACUUGACCUUGUUCUGAAGUCGUGUCCUGAGCAAGUGUCAUGCUACUUUUAAAAGGUAAUAAGAACUGUGGAGGAAAAUGUGCAAAAUGUUUUAAAUGAAACCAGAAUGUUGUUUUAAGCCCAUCAGGGCAACGUGGACAUGUUGUGCUGUAGGUUUUAUAUAUUUUAUUAGUAUAUUCAUAUAGAUGUAGGUUUACACAUUAUUUUAUGUCUUGUGCGCCAUGGUAAUUGCACAUAAACGAAUAAUGAAAACGAAAGCAUACUGAUAUUUCUAUUUAUUAUCAUCAACUGUUUGAUCCAUUGUGAAACUAAGAAUGAAAUUAUGCUACACUUGUCUGAAAGAAGUUGCGGCAUGGUUUACAGUAAGGAAAAAAAGAUUAAUCAUGUAAAGCCAUGUAAAGCAGUUAAGAUUCAUAUACGGCUCUGUCAGUUGUAUAUCAUUACAUUUGCUAUAUUAGUGUCAUGUAGGUGUGCAAGAUAUCAAUGGAUUGUGAUUUUAUACCUUUUAUUUAGUUUCUUUAAUGACACGUUUUCCGUUUUAUGUGUUCAGGCACAGGCAUAGAAGGUACAUUCUGUUUGCUUUAAAGCCCUAAAAGUAAAAAAGAUAACCACUGAUGUUAUGGGUUUAUCAGGUCAGACAGCAAUUUAAAUAACUACUUUAAAAUGAUAUUAUUUUUGAUUUGUACUAAUUUCUCAUGAUGGUUAUGUUGUGCUCAUUCCGACUGAGUGAUGUGUAAUUUGAUAAAAUUAUAUGUACAAAAUCAGGUCACAAAUUAGACUAUAAACAAUCCCGCCAGAAUUCUUUUCAAUGGUAACAAUUGCAUUUAUGGAGAUCAGAAAUUAGUAUUACACAAAAAACUGUCUUCAUUAACGGAUCCACCCCUGUCACACCGAAUAUGUUUGGAAAAGUGUUGUGCAAAAAGUACAGUAUUUGCUUUAAGCUGUAGUGCAGAAAAUUAUCAGUGUAAUUUGAUGUAAAUGUAUGUUUUGUCUUUUAGUGAAUAAUUUAAUCUUCCGAGUAAAUUACUCGGUUACUCUGAUAGUUUCUUCAAUCGCCAGUUUAUAUAAGAGCCAUAGUUCUUCAGUUUUCAAUGUUUGUUCAGUCACCUGAGAAAGUGGAGAAAGCUGUUGACAUGGCCUCUUCCAAAGUAUUGGAGAACCAGAACUCUGAUAUGAGCUGCUGAGUGGAGAAACUACAUCCGUAAUUAGAUGCUUUGUCUUUAGAUUCAAUGCUUCAUAUUUCCUUUUCAAUUUAUCUCCCACUUGCAGGCCGCAGUUGAGAUUAGAAUCAUUUCCUCAUUUUGUAAAAAAUUUGUGAGGAAAGUAAGUGAGAUGCUGUUAAGGAACCUUACGAGUUUAGGUGUGAAUCUUGGUAAGAUUCUUUUCUCAAAGCUGACCUUGUGAGAACUCUGUACUUUUUACAUGCAAAAUUUUAUGACUAAUAAACCUUUUGGAUCUA